AUUUUCGUCGUCGUCGUUGUCCCCACUCAGUUCAUUGAUUGACUCGGCCCAGGAGCAAAGGGUGUUUGCGUAACGUGAAGUUUCGGCGCAAAACUAGUGCUUUAUUGGUCACUUUCGUCCGACUGAUGCUGAGAAAGAUGAGCGCCAAGAAGGGACUGGAAUUUCUGCGUGCAGUUUCGAGCUACAUGACAAAAACCAAUGGCUACGACCGGUGUUUACAGCAGCUCAAAAUCGUCAGCGGCGGCGACGGCAAAUGCACGGCCGAGUUCAAAGUGGCCGAGGAACAGCUGAACCGAGCCGGCGGACUACACGGAGGCUUCACCGCCACCAUCGUGGACGUAGUCACCACCUAUGCCCUAAUGACCAAAGAAAACUGCCUUCCCGGCGUAUCGGUCGAUAUCCACGUGACGUACCUGAAGGGAGCCCGGGAGGGAGACGAGGUGGUCAUCGACGCCAACACAAUUCGGGCCGGUAAGAAUCUGGCCUUUCUGGAGUGCGAACUGCGCCACAAGCGCGACAACUCGAUCAUCGCCAGGGGUCAGCACACCAAGUAUAUCGGAACCGGCGGCGGAAAGGCGAAGGAAUAGGCUUUCUUUCGGGGGGUUUACCAUAGCCAUCUCACAAGGAAAAGUGGUCAGUCGAAAAGAGAGUAAAAGUGGUUACUGUUUUUAUUAAUUCAAUUCUGGUUUGUUGAAUGGUUUUUGGUUUUCAAUGUGAAGUACCGGAUCUUUUCUGGUAAAACUUGUUGAACGUACUACAUCAUAUACUGCUUAAAGUCUAAAUAGGGUAGAGUGUUUUUUUUUCUUCCGCGAUGACAAUUCCUCGACUCGUGCUUUUGGUUUAAUUUUUUUAUUGGUUGCGUCACGACUUAUGAGCUAAUUAGUUAUAAUUGAUUUUUUGGCUUUCUUUUGUUUAGUUUGAAAUUAGGUGAACAGUUUCUUUUCCUAGAGGGUUUGACGCUAUUCAUAGGAGAUUUGUAUAUUUUGAUUUCUUUCAUUAUGGCUAACGUUUGUAUUUGAUUUUACUUCAUUGAAUUAUCUUAACUGGGAUGAAAAUUUCCGAAUAUAGAUGUUGGUUCAGUAAUUGGAAGUAAAUUUUCGCUAUUUUGAUAUUUACAAAACUCACAACUUUACGUGUAUUGUGUUU